AAAUGUACAGACAGCAAAUUAAGUUGGUGUUAAAGUGCUUUAAUCUUAUCUUUUCUAACUUAAGUCUCUCUCAAAGUCUGGAUUCAUUAUUUGAGAAAUAAACCAGACAGUAGACAUGCGAUUUCUCGCGUUGUGUUUAUCUGUGUUGGCCUUUUCAAAGGCCUCAAAAUGGGAAAAUGUGACCAUUGCAGUGGUGGAAUACCAACCAGUAGCCAACAUUUCAACAAAUACAAAACAUUACAUCGAAAUUUUAAGAAAUAUAACACAAAAUCUAGAUUUGAUCGUAUUUCCUGAAGACACACUUAGGUCAAAUCGUGAGACAGCCGUAGAAUUUCAAUUAUCACAAACCCCAUGCGAUUCUGACACUUUCCCUCAAUUUUUCCACGAUCUUUCAUGCGCUGCUCGUGUAUCACAUACUUAUCUCGCUUUAAAUCUCGUCGAAAAAGUGAAAUGCAACACAAGUGCACCAAACCCGAGCGAAAAUUGCAAAAAAUUUGGAUUUUAUUAUUACAAUACUGACGUGGUUUUUGACCGCAAUGGAAGUAUUAUCAGCCGUUACCACAAAUACAAUCUUUUUGGUGAGUAUGACAGAGACAAGCCUGAAACGCCUGAAGAAAUUAUUACCGAGACUGAUUUCGGUUUAAAACUGGGGAUUUUUACUUGUUUCGAUAUUUUAUUCAAAGCCCCGGCUCAGGAAUUAUUAAAACACGGAAUCGAUGCUGUGAUUUACCCCACGAUGUGGUUCUCGGAGUUGCCAUUUUUGACCGCAAUGCAGGCGCAACAAAUGUGGUCCCACGGCCAUAAUAUCACUCUUUUGGCUGCGGGGGCUAACAGCCCCCUUGAGGGAAGUGGCGGAAGUGGGGUUUAUCGCGGUGGUAAAGGUUUGGUUGUUGGGGGAGUAGUAGCAGAGGGUGGGACCCAAACUUUUGUUUAUCAAAAUGAUAAAAAACAAGCUUCGGAUGUGGACGAGUUGGGUCGAAAAAUGGACGGUUUUUAUCUACAAACUGAUGAAAGUGUUUUAGAUUACAUGUCGAGUGCUUUUGACCCUCAUGUUCAAUCCUCAAACACAACUAUUUGUUAUAAGGAGGUUUUCUGUUGUAUGUUUCAGAUUAAGUCAACUUUGGGUGAGGUAAAGCCCAAUUUGGACUUUUACACGUAUCACCUCGUGGCCUACUCCGGGUUUCGCUCAUAUUCCGGUGUGAGAAAUGCCACAAUUGAAGUUUGCGGAAUAAUUGCGUGUUUGAAUUCUUCUUUGUCUUCUUGUGGUCAAAGAUUUGCACAUUAUGAUCAGAUUCAGUGGCCUGUGACGUUUGAAAAAAUUACUAUUACAGCAAAAUUUGAGAACAAUGAAAAUCACACUCAAUUUCCUAAUUCACUUUUGAGCUCGAUUCGUCCGAUUGAUACUAGUGAGACAGCUUGGAGUGGAUCAGAGGUCACCGAAAAUGGCAAAAAUUUAAUCGAGAGGAAAUUUUCGAUUACUAAACCACAAAAUAGAUUGUUGACUUUUGCUAUUUGGGGAAGAAACUUUGAAGAUCACGAUGAUGAUAAAAACUCAAGUGGGGUCUUAUCACCGGUUUGGGCUUCAUUGUGUGCUUCUCUGUUCGUCAUAUAUAAAUUAAAAUAACAAUGAUGUGAUUAAAACUAUAAUUAUAAUGAAAAGAAACAAGCAUUUA